AUGGGUCGUCGAAUCGUCUCUGGUGGCUGUCACCCGGCGGAGCGGAAAAACGGCAACUUUGUGGCUCUCCGGCAGCUGUCACCUGACGGAGAGGAGCUGGAUGGAGGUGGGGCGCGUGUCAGGAAGCUUCAUCCUCAGGUCCGCACAGCAAGAUGAGGCUCUUCAUCGCAUCUGAUAUGCUCUCAGGAAGUGGCGACUCGUCUCCCGGCAGAUUGUCCUCUUCCUGACGACGGCUUGUUCGUUGAUCAAUCGGAGAUGAUUUACUCGAUGGAUUUGCGAUCCUUUUAUCGCGAAUCGUUCAGCAAUUUUAGUAGCAAUGCUCCGCGAAUCGCGUUGACGAGAUUUUUGCCGAUGAUCCAGCGAUUCUCGUUGCUUAAUCCUUCACCGGCGAUCUGCAGGAAAGUCGCGAUAAUCAGAUAAAAAUAUAUGAAUUUUGACUCUUGAAGGAUUCGAACCUACGCCGGUUGUCCGCUCCUUCUGAGGAAGGUGUGAUGCGGGUUUAGUCCCACAUCGGUUGUGCGCUGAUUUUUCGGGCGAAUAUAUAGUAAUGUUAGCUUUCUAAGCAAAGUUCCUUCUCUCACGUGUACAACUACUCCUUGCCCCAUAGCCGACUUGCCACCGGUGACAUGGAAGGGGAGUGGCGCACACGUGCCCCUAUCAGUCCAAGCCGCUCGAGCCCCUGCUCGCGGCUACUCCCCGACUGAGCUUUCGACCCGCUUGCAAGCCUGGCUGGCCGGUAGGUCCCCCUCAUUUUGUCUUAUUUUUUAUUUCUUUUUCUUCAUUUAUCUCAAAAGCAAGACUAUAAAAAUCAUAUAAAUUCAUGUAAAAUCACAUAAUUACCUAAAAAUUCACGUUAAUCAACUGAAAACCACUUUUCACACUUUAACAUAAAUAUAAGUCUAUUUAUCAUGAGUUAAGGCUAAAACUAUAUUAUUUACUAAUUAUUAACUCAUGAUAAUGAAGACUUAUCAAUUAUCCUGCCCCUUUCUGGUGGAAGGUGACGCGGGUUUAGUCCCACAUCGCUUGUGCGCCGAAUGUUUGAGCGAAUAUAAAAUAAUGUUACAUUUCUAAGCAAAGUCUCUUUCUCGCGCGUGUACAACCACUCUUUGCCCCACAGUCGGCUAGCCACCGGUGACGUGGAAGGGGAGUGGCGCACACGUGUCCCCAUCGGUUCAAGCCACUCGAGCCCCUGCUCGCGGCUACUCCCGACUGCGCUUCCGACCCCCUUGCGGGCUCGGCUGGCCGGUGGGUCCCCCCCAUUUUGCUAUAUUUUAAUUUUAAUUUCUUUUCCUUCAUUUAUCUCAAAAGUAAGACUGUAAAAAUCAUAUAAAAUCACAUAAUUACCCAAAAAAUCAUGUUAAUCAAUUGAAAACCACUUUUCACACUUUAACACAAAUAUAAGUCUAUUUAUCAUGAGUUAAGGCUAAAACUAUAUUAUUUAUUAAUUAUUAACUCAUGAUAAUGAAGACUUAUUAGUCGUCAAAUUGUCUCUGUCAACUAUCACCUGGUGAAGUGAAAAAAUAAUAAUUUUUCAGUUCUCUAGUGACUAUCACCCGAUGAAGAGGAGCUAGAUAAAGGUGGGGCACAUGUUAAGGAGCUUCAUCCUCAAGUCCACUCAAUAAGAAGAGGUUCUUCAUCACAUUUGGUACACUUUCAAGAGGUGGUGACUCAUCUCUUGAUGGAUCAUUCUCUUCCUAACAAUGGCUUGUUUGUCGAUCAAUUAGAGAUGAUUUAUACUUGAUAGAUUCAUGAUCCUUUUAUCAUGAAUCAUUCAACAAUUAGUAACAAUGUUCUGCAAAUCAUGUUGACAAGAUUUUGUUGAUGAGCAAUUCUGACAGCUUAAUCCUUCACCGACGAUGUACAAGAAAAUCAAGAUUUAAUUAGAUAAAAAAUGUGAGUUAUGGUUUUGAUAAGAUUCAAACUUGCGUCGAUCACCCACCUACAUGAGAAAGUGUACUCAAAUACUCUUAUAUAGUGACAUCAUCAUGGUAUCUCGUUGUUAUAAAUAAGUGAUAAUUUAGGUAUUAAAAUCUUCGAAAACAUUAUGGAGAAGUUUUAUCGCCGAUUUAAUCCCACAUCGAUUAUACGCCGAGUGUUGAGAUGAAUAUAUAGUAAUACCACAUUUAGAAAUAAUGAGUAUUUUUCUCGUGUGUGUACGACCACUCGUCCCACAUCUAGCUAGCCACUAGUGACGUGGAAGGGAAGUCACACACACAUGUCCCCAUCGGUCCAUAGCCGCUCGAGCCUCUACUUGCGGCUCCACCCUGACUAUGCUUUCGACCCACUUGUGGGCCCAAUUGGUCGGCAGGUCCUCCACCUUUUUUAAUUUUUUAAUUUUAUUAUAUUUUUCUUUAUUUAUCUCAAAAAUAAGAUUAUAAAAAUUAUAUAAAUGUGCAUAAAAUCACAUAAUUAGCCAAAAAUUCACAUUAACCAAAUAAAAAUUACUUUUCACAAUUUAUCUCAAAUAUAAGUCUAUUUAUCAUGAGUUAAAGCGAAAACUAGAUUAUUUAUUAAUUAUUAACUCAUGAUAAUUAAGACUUAUCACAAAUCAAGAUAAUGAGAUCUUGCCUUAGCUCAAACAUAAUUCACAUACAAUUCUAUGAUAAAUUGGUCUAUAAAUUACUCUCUAUUUUUUAUUGUUUAUUUUUUCCCACUAAAAGUCCCUCUUGACUUGAUUAAAGUACCAAGAAAACUUGGUACUAAUGUAGAUACAAAUAACAUGAUAGAAUACAUCCAAACAAUACAUGAGAAUGUAAAGAAGUGUCUUACAACUAAUUAUUCAAACUAUAAGGAAAAGGCAAAUAGAAAAAGAAGAAGGAAGAUAUUUGAAGUUGGUGAUUUUGUUAUGAUAUACUUAAGAAAAGAACGAUUGACACUAAGAAAUAAUCACAAACUCAAUCCACAAAAGUAUGAUCCAUUUAAAGUCCUUCAAAAGAUUAAUGAUAAUGCAUAUGUCAUUGACUUACUAGAGACAAUGGAAAUCUUAAGCCAUUCCCUUCUCAAGUUUGGCUGCAUCAAUCAUUCCAUUGUGUUGGUGUUAUCUACUAUGUGAAGGAGAACCUAAUGGCUUAAGGAAAAUCUAUGCACCAUCUCUCUUGACUAGGUCUACAUUGAAUAUAUACGAAUAUCUAUUAAUUAUCCAUGCCAUCAUUUUGUAAUUGUUCUUAAUUUAGGCAAGCUAGUGCUCAAAAUUUAGGAGUAGAUUACAACAAAUAUAAGGAGUUGACCUGAGAUGAAAAAUCUAGUAGAUUGCUCCACAUAGAGCAAAUGUAAACACUAAGGAUGUAGGAGAACCUAGGGACAAAGUCCUUGGAGAGUGGAUGUCAAUUUGAAGGACUUAUUAUGCUGACAAUUUUUAUUUCAAAUAUAAUUUACAACGAAAUAAGUUAUAUUAGGUUUUGAUAUUGUGUUGUUACCAAGAUGUCAAUAGAGUGAUGUUUUGACUUCUAUUGAGAAUUAUUUUAUUUUUCAAGUCAAUUUAGGGAAUACUUGUAAAGUGGAUAGAAUGGUAAAUGUCUUUGUCUAGAAUGAAGAGAAAUUUGUGAAAAUAGUGUAAGAAAAAGGUUACUAAUCCAAUAUUUUGUUUAUAAUUCUAAAGAAGAGUAUUGAAAUCUAUGAGAAGGGACCCAUGGAAAAUAGACAAGGCCAAGGGAAGGCCAAACUACGUGGAAUAUUAAGGUCCUAAAUGAUUUUGAAGUUAUUAUAUCAACCUACUGAAAUAGUGUGUACCAACUGAAAAACUAUGUUGACUCAAAAAAUCAUGUGUUGAUCCAUUGUGUUGACUCAGAUUAUUUUGUGUUCACCUAUCAUUACAACAUUUCCUAUAAAUAGCUUAAAAUCAAUUCAUCCCCCCCCUCUUAGUAUAUUUUCUUGGCUAUUAUGUGCGAACAAAAUUAACGCUUUAGUGCACUUUGACUAAACUUACUAGUCAGUCUACUUGUUGUUGACUUGUUACAAAUGAAAUUUAUUCGAAAGUUAUUAGUUCAUAUUUCAAAUCAAGAAAAGAUAAAUUAUAUUUUAAUUUAAAUUUUUAGGUUAUAAUUAAUAUGAAUUUAAUGUUCUUUAUAUUCAAUGAUUUAAACUUGGCAAUCAUAUAUUGAAGUCUUAAUUGAACUGUUAUUAUUUCAACUCUAACAUUUGAAUCUAACACUUUCAAUAUUAAGAUUAAAUUAUUUUCUACCUUAGGCAUAUUUGAGAACACUAAACUACCAAUUUAAGAAAGAUAUACAACUAAAGGUUAUGUCAUAUAUGAUUGCAUGGCAUGUGUGGACACAUAUUGUAGUACAUGAUGUAUGUGUUGCUGAUAACAUGCAUACAUUCAUGCUUUGAUGUACCUAAACUAUACGAUUUUACACAUAUACUUGAUAGAAAUCAUGCAUGUUAUCACUUAAAUGAUUCAUUUUGUGUAAUCCAUAUAUUAUUGCUUAAGUCACAAGUUUACACAUUUUUUAGCACAUCUAUGGAUUAAUGUUUUUGGACAUUGUGGAAGUUCAACAACUCAAUUAUAUUGAUUAUUCUCUAAGCUUACAUGUGCAGAGUAUUAGGCCUCUAUUGGGAAAAAAAGAGACGAAAUCCUAAAGUCUAAGUAUUGAAAAAUUGGGCCAAAGACAAACCCAAGGACUUAAAGGCAUGCCAAUAAGUCAAUGGGCCUACAAGGGUCAGACCAACAGAGCACCAGCUGAAGCUUGGAGCUGAAUGUGGAUCUCCAUGAGCCCAACCAAGGUCUAGCUGGUGCCAAGGCUGUGGAUGCAUAUUUUCAUGAAAUCUAAAUAAAGUUUAUCUAGAGUCAAGGCUCAAGAAGACAAUUGGGUCCAGCUGAAGCCAAGGCCCAAAUAUGCAGCCCAAGGCCCAACUACAAGGAGCUCAGCUGUAGCCCAAGGCCUAAUCGGGCUGGCUGAGGGGACAAGCUUCAAAUUGCUGAUGAAUAGAAGAAGAAAAGUAGGGCAGUGCUGGCACCCACUCUUGAAAUAUGUAGACCCUAAAUGCCCUUGUAAAUCGCUUUAAUAGUAGACACAAAGGGAGGUCAAUUGCUAAAUUGUAAGAGGGUAAAAUAGGAAUUAAAAGGGGGUAUUUAAUGUCUCAUGUCCCCACCUGUGGAGGCACUCUUUGGUGGUUCUAGACUAGGAUUGGCUGUAGGACAAGACCCCAAGAGUCCCUCUUCUGUUAUGCAAGUAUGAAUGAAUUUAUUUUGUCCAUUUCUUGUGUGAUGGAAGGGGUUAGCAAAGAGGAAGGGAGAAGAGUGACGUGGAAGAGAAGAUGCACCUACCUGCAGAUGAUUAGAGCCCUAGGUUGGCGAGAUAGACCCCUAGGGUAAGUGUGCGAUCUUCAUGUGCAUUCACUAUCCCAUUAACUCCGAAAUUAGGUAGGUUAGUAUUAGGAGGGAGCAAGAGAAAGAGGCUUGCCAAGAGAGAGAGCACCUACUGGCUGUUGAUUAGAGCCUUGGGUUGGCGAUGUGAACCCCAAGGUAAGUGCUAUUCUUUAGAGCUUUCAUGCCCCCUAUCUCAAUCCUUGCAUAGAUAGGUUAGCAUUUAAUGUUCUAUGUAGUUUAGAAAUCACGUUUGCACAGCCUAACCGAUUACAUUCUUCCAAGUGUCUUACCCCUUAGGUGUAAGAUACUUCCCCUCCCUCCAUUCAUCUCUCUCUCCCCUCAAUCCAUGAGAGUUUAAAUUUUCACCUCAACCUGAUCCCAUUCCCUGUGGAUAUGACCCUAGCUCAAUACUUUCUACAUAAUCAAUCAAGAGUUAGACUUAUAAAUAUUUUUGAUUAAGCUCUAGUUAGGAUUCACAACACCCUAAAUUUAGACUUAUCAGUUGCCACAUGAGAAAAUAAAAUAUUUAUUCAGAUUAUAUUUAUGAUGAUUUAAUUAACAUGUUAUAAUGUUUAUAUGUUUUCUAUGAUUCAUAUGAUUUAAACAUGAUGUGAGAUAGGUUUUUCAAUAUAUGACGAUUAUCAAAUUAACAAGAAAAGUAAAAAUUGAUAUAAAAUUUAAUUUUGUAAGGUUUAUCAUGAUGGUGGCACAUCAUAUUAGUACAUAGAUUAAAGUCAAAAUAAAAUCAUAUGAUCUAAAGCUGACAUAGGCAUUUAGAUAGUCUUCAUUAAGUUAGAAAGCUUUAGUUCAAAUGUAAAUUUAAAUAACUAUACAAAUAGAAAGGAAAAAGUCAAAUAUUGGAAGGUCAAUGUAUGGAAAAUGUGUAUUUUAAUUGUUGGGUUAUGACCCACACUAUAAUCAAGGAGGGGUCGAAUCAAUUUAGUUGUAAAAACUCCUUUUCUAUAUUUACUCAAUUGAAUCUACUUUUUCUCUAUCUAUAAGAUUCGUGUAAUCCCUAUAGUUUAAUGGUUGUAAGCCCAAUAGAUUUUUUUUGACUCUAUGUUUACAUCCACUCUCUAAGAACACUUUUGUUGUUGGGUUCUACUAAGUAUGGUCGUUUGAUCAUACACUACUGAUUAUAGGGCUUAGCUCAUGUGGAAUUUCACCUUAAAAUUCUCUUUUAGAUUCAUCAUUCUAGGAGGUCAACAUUUAUUCAAAGAGACAUCUCUCAAUUAAGACAACACAUUCAUAUUGUUUAAGGGUGAUGUAAGGGCCAUCCCAUCUAGAUUUAAUUAUUAUUUUAGUCACAAGUUUAUCUCAAAACUAAUAUGAAAUGAUUUAACUGUGGGAAGUGUUCAAAAGGAGAUAUGAGCUUAGAAUAUUUUUAAAAUUCUAAUGAAGAGGAUGAUGAUUGAUGACUUGGAGUUGUUACCCUCUUCUAGUCAAUUUGUUGGUCAUGGAUUGAAGGCUUUUCAAGUUUCAUAUAGUGGGAGGAAGAUCUCUUAAUGCUUAUGUAGCUUUCAUUAAGUUAAUGCAUUUGAAUGAUGUUCUUUUAAAUACUUCAGCUCUCCUUAGGUGAAACCAAAAUGUGAUUCAUUUAUCACAUAAUUUUCAGUCCUUAAAUGGCUAAAUAAUUCAAAGGGGGGUGAAUUGCCUUUUAAUUUUUAUAAGAAUAUAUCAUUUAUAUCUCUAUAUUAAUAUAAAGAAGCAAGCCGAUAGAAGAUAGUUCACACUAAAUUUUAUAGUGAUUCAGUCAACUCCUUUGGCCUACAUUCACUUUCGAGGACUCCACCUCGAUUUCACUAUUUCUCUUUGGAAUAUGAUGUGACUUAGUUGUUGUAUAGUAAAUCAUACAAAUUUAAAAUUUAUAAAACUAGAAAAUACGAAUUUUCAGAUAUUUAGAAGUAUUUAUGAAUAAAUAUAUCAAUUAUAAUUCAAUAAAACUUCCAAAAAUAUCAGUAAUUUUUCAAGUCGAUCACAAGGAUGUAAUAUAAUAUCUGGUAAUUAUUCAGAAUUUUUGUCAAAGAAUACUAUUUUCUAUGAAUUUUACACUAGGAAAUAAAAAGGAAAUAUAUUUAAAAUUCACGAAAAAGAGAAAUAAGGGUGCAGACGUCAAGAUGACAUCAGUGCCCGGUGAACGCAAAUCGGGCAAAAAUAGAGUUUUGCCUGACGAUUCUUACGUAAGUGAUUACAGACGAUUUAAUUGAUCAAAUUAACAUCUAUAAAAGCUAGAAGAAUCGAAAUGCAAUGAAGUAUAUCUUGGUAAAUUUAAAAUCAACAAAUUAUCACUAAAUAAAAUAAAAAUUAAGUUGAAAACAGGAUAACAAAGUUCCGGCAUCACGGCGGCGAUGCAUUGGCGAUGCACCGAAAUCCUGAAUGUACGGGAGGAUCGUCAUAUAGUGUCUAUGGCUUCAAAGGCUCUCCUUGGACAAGGACAACGUGGGCAAUCUCUAGAUCUCCUUGCGAAGUCUAGAGAUCAAUGAAAUGGGUCGUUGAAUCGUCUCUGACAGCUGUCACCCGGUAGAACGGAAAAACGGCGACUUUGCGGCUCUCCGGUGGCUGUCACCUGAUGGAGAGGAGCUGGAUGGAGGUGGGGCGCGUGUCAAGGAGCUUUAUCCUCAAGUCCCCGCAGCAAGAGGAGGCUCUUCAUUGCAUCUAG